AUGCUCCGUUGUAACGCGUCUAAUAUUAGCCUCAAUCAGUGCCAAUAAAGGAGAAAAUAGCGCGACACACGCGCUAUUAUUUAUCCUACGUAACGUACACGUGACACGCGUCUCUUCGUCAAUAUAUAUAAAGGUAUCUUGAUCUUGAACGGGAUUAAUUCGAGGCGGGCAUCUUCUCCAGAGAAACGAGAAGCUUCGCGCCCCUUCCCUAAGUUGUUCUAUUUCUCGAUCGUAUCUCGGCGUGGAUUAGCUGUAUCGCGUAAAAAAAAAAAAAAAAAGAUCGUAAAAAAACUUAAACGAAAUAUUUAUCGUUCCAUUGUACGCGAAUGUGAGAUUACAAAUAUAAGAGGGAAAAGAGAGACGUUCCCAUUCUACGGGCUGAUCGUGCGCCGAGAGAAUCGAAGUUCCCAUCCGUAUCGUAGCUCAAGAAAAAUAUUUACUACUACAAGAAAGAUACUCGAGGAUCAAAUAUAGAGAGGAAUUAAAAGAGAUAGAAUGCGUAAUCUAAACACGCAGAAAAUACUCAAAGACGAGGAAUGUUUCGAGAUAAUCCGCAAGAAGCUUCACAAAGAUUCGAUGGAGGAUUUCUCGUUGAUCACUUACGAGGUGGUGCCCAUAGACGAGGUGAACGGUUUCAUGGGCCAAUAUUUCACCUUGAAAGCAACCGUCGCUUCCCCUCAAUCGCCAUUGGAGACGAGGAACAUCAACUUCUUCACGAAAUUGCCACCACCGAUGACCAGUCCCUUAUACGAUUUUAUUCAAAAUUACGGCGCAUUCAAGAAGGAGGUUGCCCUUUACACCACGGUCUUCCCGGAGGUAUUGGACGAUCCGGACAAGAGAUACAUUCCAGAGUGUUUCCUUGGCCUGGAGGAUGACGUGAUCGUACUGGAAGAUAUGGCCCAUUGCGGUUACGAGAUGACCGACAAAUUCAAACCGUUCGAUUUCGAGCACUGCAAGAUUCUGAUGAAAACAUUGGCAAGAUUUCACGCGAAAUCGUUGAUCUUCGAGGAAUUGUAUCAGAAAAGUCUGCACGACAAAUACUCUCAUUGUAUGCAAGAAACGUUGUGGCCUUUGAAGGAUGGCCGCGCCAAGGCUACGUUCGACGCCGCCGUGAAAGGUAUCGUUUCAUUGAUAGAUUUGAUACCAGAGUUGGACGAGGAGCAACGAAAAACGUUCAGCAAAAAGGUUAAUGACUUGUGUGCCGAUCAUACCAACAAAUUGUUGCCGUCUAUGAAGCACAAAAACGUAUUAUGCCAUGGCGACCUAUGGGCAAAUAACAUUUUGUUCAAGUACGAUAGUGAUGAGAAACCUGUGGAAUGUUGCCUUAUCGAUUUUCAACUUGCCAGAUACAAUCCACCAGCUCACGACAUACUUUGUUUCCUCCAAUUCACAACGACGCGGCAACUGCGCGAGAAACACGGCAAAGAAUUGUUCAAGAUUUAUCAUGAAUCAAUGACCGAGGCUCUGGAGGAAGCUGGUUUGGACAUUUCUACCGUUUUCCCCUGGGACGAGUUCUUAGAAUCCAUCGAGGAUUUACGUGUGAUGUGCAUUAUUCACGGUGUGUUGAACAUACCGAUCAUGUUGUUGGAGUCUGCAGCUGUUAACAAAUAUUUCUUAAACGAGCCAGAACUUCUGGAAAACAUUCUUUAUGUGGACAGAACACCUUUGCUUUGCGAACAAAUGAAACAUGUACCCCAAUACCGUGACAGAAUAAUGGAUGCCCUGCUAGAAUUAUACGAUCAUGUUGCUGGUUAAAGAGAUCGAUCGAAUCGAAUCGAUACAAAUGGAAAUUAGAAAAUCUUUUAUCACUGUAGAAUAUCAGAGAUCACGCAUCAAUAUAAGUCGCUAACUUGGAAAGUAAGCGGCGAGAAUAGAGAGAAGUACAUAAAACAUCGAGGAAAUAACACGAUUGAUAUAAAUAAUACAAUGUGUUGACAAAUCACAUUCCAUUCGAAGAAAAAUAUUGUUGACACUAAUUGUUUAUUUAUUUUCAGUGUUUAAAGCAGUAGAAAUAUGAUCACGAUGAUUUUCUGACUUUUUAUAGUUUUUAUCUCGACGUUAGAUUAAUUUUUUUAUAUCUUUUCAUUAUUUUAUUCAUAAUCAAGCGAAGAAACAUUAGACGAAUGAUUGUUUUUUAUUUUUAGAAAAAAAAAUUAGAAAUUAUUUAUUUUGUUUUUGUUGUGACUAACAUUUAUUGAAAUUGUUUCAUAUUUCGAUAUUUUGUAUAUGUGUUUAAUCAUUAAUAUUCAUUGUGAAAAAAUUAUUUUACAAUUAUACGGAUGAUACAUUUGAAAAUUGUAAUUAUUUUUUUCAUCAUAAUUAAUAUAUCAUUAGAUUCAAUGAAUAAGUUAUCGACUGAAUCAACACUUGAUAUUGAUUGAAUUAAAUUGUACAAAUGGAACGUGCUUGAUGGUGGGAUUUAAUUCAAAGGCGUUGCUAUUAUUAUUAUAAUAAUAGUUAAUGUGAAAAAUUAUUUCAUUGUUAUUAAAAUAAACAAAA